AUGAAGACACGUUUUAACACUUAUGAUCUUGUAUGUUCAGUAACUGAGCUACAAAGGCUUAUUGGCAUGCGUGUCAAUCAAAUAUAUGACAUAGACAAUCGUACAUAUCUUAUACGUCUUCAACGUAGUGAGGAAAAAUGUGUACUUCUGUUAGAAUCUGGUAAUAGGAUUCACACUACAAGUUUUGAAUGGCCAAAGAAUGUUGCUCCCUCAAGUUUUUCCAUGAAGAUGCGCAAACAUCUUAAGAACAAGAGAUUAGAGAGUCUAAUGCAAGUUGGUACAGAUCGAAUAAUAAAGUUGCAAUUUGGAAGUGGUGAAGCUGCUUACCAUAUCAUUUUAGAGGUGUAUGAUCGUGGUAAUAUAAUCCUCACUGAUCAUGAAAUGGUAAUUUUAUAUGUAUUAAGGCCUCAUACAGAAGGAGAUAAGAUUAGAUUUGCAGUGAAAGAGAAAUAUCCAUUGGACAGAGCUCAUUCCACAACUAUGCCACCUAUAGAUGUUAUCCAUGAACAUAUUCAGAAAGCUAAGGAGGGAGAGAGUCUUAAAAAAGUGUUAAAUCCACUGUUAGAAUUUGGUUCAGCAGUGAUCGAUCAUGUUUUACUCAAAGCUGGAUUUAAUUUUGGUUGCAAAAUUGGAAAAGAUUUUAAUAUCGCUGAAGAUAUGCCAAAAUUAAUUCUAGCGCUCGAGGAUGCAAAUAACAUGAUGGAUCUUGCAAAAAAAACUGUCUCAAAAGGAUAUAUUCUACAGAAAAAAGAAUCAAAACUGACUCAAGAUGGCAAGGAAGAUUUUAUAUUUGCUAACAUCGAAUUCCAUCCUUUCUUGUUUGACCAAUAUAAUAAUCAGCCAUACAAAGAAUUUGAUUCUUUUGAUGCUGCAGUGGAUGAAUAUUAUUCUACAAUGGAGGGACAGAAAAUUGAUUUGAAGGCUUUGCAGCAAGAAAGGGAGGCUUUACAAAAACUGGAGAGAGUGAGAAAAGAUCACAGUCAGAGAUUGAUUACAUUAGAAAAGACACAGGAAUUAGAUAAACAAAAAGCAGAAUUGAUUUCAAGAAAUCAGGCUUUAGUAGAUAACGCUAUACUAGCCAUACAAAGCGCCUUGGCAAAUCAGAUGUCUUGGCCAGACAUUCAAGUUUUGUUAAAGGAAGCCCAAGCUAGAGGUGAUCCUGUCGCUUCUGCUAUAAAACAAUUAAAAUUAGAAACAAAUCAUAUUGCUUUACUGUUGCACGAUCCUUACGAAGACAGCGACGAGGAAUCCGAGCUGAAACCGAUGAUUAUUGAUAUAGAUUUAGCCCAUACAGCAUUCAGUAAUGCCAAGAAGUAUUACAGUCAGAAAAAGUCAGCCGCAAAGAAGCAGCAAAAAACGAUAGAAUCCCAUGGAAAAGCUUUGAAAUCGGCGGAAAAAAAGACAAAGCAAACAUUGAAAGAAGUGCAAACCAUACAUACCAUUAAUAAAUUAAGGAAGAUGUAUUGGUUUGAAAAAUUCUAUUGGUUUAUCACAUCCGAAAAUUAUCUAGUGAUAGGAGGAAGAGAUCAACAGCAGAACGAGUUGAUAGUAAAAAGAUAUCUAAAGGCAGGAGAUUUAUAUGUUCAUGCAGAUUUAACGGGUGCUAGUUCUGUUGUAAUAAAAAAUCCUAGUGGUAAUCCUGUACCACCAAAAUCAUUAGCAGAGGCAGGUACAAUGGCUGUUGCUUACAGUAUAGCAUGGGAUUCAAAAGUAAUAGCUAGUGCAUGGUGGGUGCAUCAUGAUCAAGUAUCCAAAAGUGCACCUACUGGAGAAUAUCUUACUACUGGAUCCUUCAUGAUACGUGGAAAAAAAAAUUAUCUGACGCAAAGUCAACUAAUUAUGGGAUUGGGUCUCAUGUUCCGCUUAGAGGAUAGUUCUAUAGAACGACAUAAGAAUGAGAGGAGAGUAAAAGCAGUAGAUGAGGAAAGCGAAAAAGCAGAUUCGAUAAUCGAAGAUGAUAAGGAAAUAGAAUUAGAAGGCGACUCGGAUGAAGAUGAAAAUCUAGAGAACAAAGAUAUGUUAAAUCCAAUUCAAGAGGAGGAUCUGGAAAAAUCUGAAUUCCAUGCAGUAGAAAAUAAUGCUAAGAAAGAUACAUAUGAAGAACAUGAUGAAGAAGACGCGAAAUAUCAAUUUCCCGAUACACAAAUUAAAAUUGAUCUUUCAGGCCCGAAGGUAAAACUACAUGUUGAUAAUAAUCAGCCCUUAAUACAAUCCCAAAAGGACACGAAAGAAAAUGUAAUCUACUUAGGAGAUGAUAAACCUGUUAUAAUAAAUACAUUAAAUAUAGAGAAACAUACAAAAGUAAAACAAAAAAUACAUCCAAAAGAAUCAUCGGAAAACAUUGAAAAGAAUGAUAAGAAUGAAAGUGAUAACAAAAAAGGAGAGCAACCAGCAUUAAAACGAGGACAAAAAGGAAAAUUAAAGAAAAUGAAAGAAAAGUACAAAGAUCAAGAUGAGGAAGAUAGAAGACUCUCGAUGCUCGUCUUGCAGUCGGCAGGUGCAGCUAAGGAAGAUAAAAGAAAAAAUAGAGCUAAAGAUCCGUCAGGUCCGAAACAACAAGGAAAGAAAAAAACAAAUCCAAAACCAAACAUUCCACUACAGUCCACACACACAAUAAUGGAUAAUAUUGAUGAUGAAGACACGGGUCCAAUUCCUGAAGUUGAUAUGCUUGAUCAAUUAACAGGAAAACCUUUGUCAGAAGAUGAAUUAUUGUUUGCUGUCCCUGUGGUGGCACCUUACAAUACAUUACAAAAUUAUAAGUUUAAAGUGAAAUUAACACCUGGCAUUGGAAAGAGAGGCAAAGCUGCCAAAACAGCUGUAGCUGUAUUUCUCAGAGAUAAGGAAAUUUCUUCACGUGAAAAAGAUCUAUUAAAAGCAAUUAAAGAUGAGACAAUAGCUAGGAAUAUACCUGGGAAAGUGAAAAUAAGUGCCCCUCAGAUUCAAAAGCUGAAAAAAUAAUUGCCUGAAAAAUGUUGAUUUUGAUUCAAAUAAUUGGUAACAUUUUAUUUAUCAGUAACGCUGAAACCUACUUGUGAAGGAAUUUUGUAUUUUCUUUCAGUUGCACAAUAUUUAAUGAAUAUUAAUUGACAUAAACAUAUUUUUUAAAACAAAAGUCUAUUAUUUACAAUUAAUAAUUAUCAUAAAUAUUCACAUCCAAAUACUCAAAAUUUGGAUAUAGUAAAUACAUAUGUAUAGUAUGUAAAUAUGUAAAAUUUUUUAAAUCUUAUAAUACUUUAAUUCAUUUUGAAUCUUCAUUAUCUGAAAACUUGAACAGAAAAAUGUCUGAUAUAUUUUACAACCCCAAUAAACUGAAUUGACUCCCGAAACGCUUAUUUCGUGAAUUACGUUAUAAUUUACGAAAUUAAAGAUCUUGUUAUACAAAAUAGAUCAUAUUACGAUACUUUAAGUGUCCUACUUUGUAUUUCAAUACAUAUAAAAAUAAACGAUGUUCAUGUGUGCA